AUGGCUCCAUGAAGCAGGAGAAGAAGGCAGGGCGCGAGAGGUCCCGUCCACCCCGGCUGCGUCUGGGCCAGGAGAAAAGGUACAGGAAGAAGGAAUGGAAUCAGAAGGAAGGAAAGUCAUUUCAGAGACAAAAUAGCUCCCCUCCUCUGUUGUAGCUGUUCCCCAGCAACACAAACUUUCUGCUUUCAAGUUCUGCAGCAUUCCAGACCUCGAGCACUGAAUCAGGAUGGGAAAAAGACGUUGUGUUCCUCCACUCGAGCCCAAGUUGGCAGCAGGCUGUUGUGGGGUCAAGAAGCCCAAGUUAUCUGGAAGUGGAACGCAUAGUCACGGGAACCAGUCCACAACUGUCCCUGGCUCUAGUUCAGGACCUCUUCAAAACCACCAGCAUGUGGAUGGCAGCAGUGGUCGGGAAAAUGUGUCGGACAUAACUCUGGGACCUGGAAACUCUCCCAUUACGCGAAUGAAUCCCGCAUCGGGAGCACUGAGCCCUCUACCCCGGCCCAAUGGAACUGCCAACACCGCCAAAAGUCUGGUGGUGACUGCAGAGAUGUGCUGCUACUGCUUUGACGUCCUCUACUGUCACCUCUAUGGCUUCCCACAGCCACGACUUCCUAGAUUCACCAAUGACCCCUAUCCGCUCUUUGUGACAUGGAAGACAGGGCGGGACAAGCGGCUUCGUGGCUGCAUUGGGACCUUCUCAGCCAUGAAUCUUCAUUCAGGACUCAGGGAAUACACGUUAACCAGUGCACUUAAGGACAGCCGAUUUCCCCCCCUGACCCGAGAGGAGCUGCCUAAACUUUUCUGCUCUGUCUCCCUCCUUACUAACUUUGAGGAUGCCAGUGAUUACCUGGACUGGGAGGUAGGGGUCCAUGGGAUUCGAAUUGAAUUCAUCAAUGAAAAAGGCGUCAAACGUACAGCCACAUACUUACCUGAGGUUGCUAAGGAACAAGAUAAUUAUACUGGGAUCACAUCUGACAAGACAGAUGCAGGAGCAGGAUGCCUGGGGACAGCCAUUGUGAGAUGUGUCGGGCGAUCAUCUCAUGUCUCUGAAAUUCCGUUCAGACUUGUGCCUCUCUUCUCCUUAGACUGGGAUCAGAUCCAGACAAUAGACUCCUUGCUUAGGAAAGGUGGCUUUAAGGCUCCAAUUACAAGUGAAUUCAGAAAAACGAUCAAACUCACUAGGUACCGAAGUGAGAAGGUGACAAUCAGUUAUGCAGAAUAUAUUGCUUCUCGACAGCACUGUUUCCAGAAUGGCACUCUUCAUGCCCCGCCCCUCUACAAUCAUUACUCCUGACACACGGCUGCAUGACCAGUCCCACCCCCCUGUGGCCACCAAUGGCUAUGACAUCAUUGGAGCAGAUGCCUCCUCUUCCUGGUCCAGUUACUUCUAUUACUGCACCAUUUUAUGAUGCUAGCUUCCGUUGCCAAGUCUGCCUCCAGCUGACUGAGGGGGGGGCGGGGUUAUACUGAAUGAAACAGAACUUGAGGGGCCCAAGCCUUAUCUCAGCCUUUCCUCAAUAUGGGGUUCCGUUGGAUUGGGGCUCCUCCAUGACUAGUGAGAAUUACCGUGUGGGUUCAGAAGACCCUUGGCAUGCAGGUGCCACUGGUGAUUUGCUGCCUGUGUGUUGGCCACACAAUGGAAGCUGGAAUUGAUGAUCUCUGAAGGCUUACCCCACACACACCCCUACAGCCUCCCCAGAUCAAGUAGGUGUAUUCCCUUGGCAGUCUGGGCAACGGAGACCAACAAAAAACAUUUUUAGGUUGUUUUAAAUUCCUUUUUUUAAACUUCCAGUUUAUCGCGUACCAAGAGUUGAUCACAACCUCCAUGCUUCAUAAGUGGACGCCAUGUUAGGGUUGAACGUGGGCACCAUGAGUCCUUCAAGGCUCUUGGACAGAGACCCACAUCAAGAUCGGAAGCCCUUUGGAUGGCGUUGCAGAUCUCAUUGCUCAAUUAGCCUCGAAAGUUUUAAUUCUCAUCCCACUAUCAGUUGGAUUUUCUGGCACUCUUCCUGCAUUGAGUCUCCUGGUAUUGAACGGAGCUCUGUGGUGUAGCCUGCUGAGGAAUGGACUGGGAUGCUCACGGGAGGUCCUGAUGUCACUGCUGCAUGCAGUGUGAAAGGAGAGACCUCUUCCUUACCACCAGGCUACCUCAUUCCUCUACUGGUAGCGGUGCCUAUAGCUGGAUCUAGGUUCUCAGAAGGCAUAGUUGUGACACAAGCGCUUGGGUUGGGCUUUAGAAGGACACGUCAUAGGAGAGAAUCCAGGGUCUCCAAGCUGUUUUUCUUUUGAGGCAAACAUCCUGAGGAACUCUUAAGCAGAGGAGUUCCUUUUUCUAGUUUGCCUGUAAAGGUGGGAAGACUGUUGAUGUUUCAGUCCUCUACAGGACUUGAGAACAAAGCGGUGUUAUUAAACAACGUGAAUCUUUAUCUUGCCUAACAUGCUGGAAAUUUCACCCCACCAUGGCAAAGUUCCAAAAAGCUCAUUUUCUUCCAGGUCAUUCAGACUUUCAUGUGGCAUAUUUCCCUUUCCUGUUGUUGCUGAUUCCAAAUAGCUGUCAGCAGGUUUCUCCCCCUCCUGCCUAUUCUUCACCCAUUUGGUGGCAAAGUUCAUAGAAGUUGGGGACUUGGAAGAUGCUUUGAAAACGUCACAGAGGCACUGCUGAAAUGAUUCACAGGAAGAGGUGGCCAGUUGGAAGAAAGGACCCUAAGGGUGAUAAACUGGUUUUCAACAACAUGCUUAGGGAACUCUUGAAGUGGAUUGGGUGUCAACCCGGUGAACACAAUGUUUUGAUUUAAUUUAUUUUUUAAAGUUUAUGUGGUGAUGGUGUGGCUUUCCGAAAUGGGCAAAUAAUUCAAGUCAAAAGAUCUUGUGAGUUUUCUUCUGCCAGGAAUUGGGGGAGGGGGAGCAGGGACACAGUCUAAGAAACGACACACGUGCUGUUCUAGGCAUUGCUGUCUCAUUUCUUGGAAGAGCUGGGUAAGGGUGAGCAGAUUUGCUUGGCACCAUCCUCUGUUGUUUAUGAGGAUACGGAACGUGCAAGGGAAAAGUAGGGUUGACGUCAGGAUACCCAGGCCAGGCCGCAUCACCUCAUCUUACUGUUGUGUUGCGUUCUUGUACCCUGCUACUUUUCCCUUGCAAUGUUAAUGAGAAAAAGCUUUUCAAGAUGAAGGAGUUUUUUCAUGAUUUCCUGCUGCUGAAAAUAAUAAAUGUCUUGUUACAAACAAAUGUGACGACAGUUACUCUUAGGUGCCAUGGAUUGAUGUCAGGGUGGUCAGCUCUGGACUAAGCCACCCACCUCCAAUUUGUACAACAGUAUUGAUACAUAGGGCUACACUCAUUACUGUUCAAGUGUUCUAUGUUAAAAGUUGUGUUUAAUUUCUAAAGAUUAAAAAAAGCAAAAAAAUUGGUGCUAAACUUUCACCCCUGAGCACGCUCAGUGAGACUGGUCAUGCAAGCAUUUACAGUGCCAUGCUCUUCAAGCCUAUUUUUUCUUCUAGAAAUGUUGCCCUGUUCAUCGUCUUCUGUGUAUAGUAUGUUUUUUAUUUUAUUGAGGGUGGGAUAGGAUACCUGCCAUUUAAGAAAAUGAACAGAAAAUUUAAAAACCCACAAAAUGGGGAAAAAAAAUCAGUGCACAAGAAUCGGGCUGGUGAAGCCCAGCACCACACUGAAGUGGGCUCAGUGGUUUUUGGAGUGAAGAAGCCUUAUUCCCUGCACAUUCCCUCAUGUUCCCAUACAAGUCCAGCAAUGGAGAUGCUCAAGGUCCUCUUGCCUUCCAAGGGGACUCAGGAGUCGACCAAGGAAAACUAGCUGGCCCUGUAAGGAGUGGCACUGUUAGUGUCUGUCCUGAACGGGGCUUAGUCAGGAAGUGGUCUGGAAGCGUACAGUCAUGGUCACCUCAUGAAGAUGUGUGGCAGGUGGCUCUCAGGAAAAAUACUGUCUGGAUCAUCCAUGUGGCAGCUUUGCAUAGGGAGAUGACGACUCCGAACUGGAAUCGAACUGCCUUCCACGUGCUUGACCAAAGCAGUGAUGAGGGUGGCCGAUACAUGUGUGAGUGGUAGGUUUAAAGAGAAAGGAAUGUUUUCUGCUUGGUGUUUCCUUUGUCCUUGGGCUGCUCAUGCUGAACAGUAGGUAACCACUGUUUUCAAACCAUCCCAACUUGGCUGGUUCGGUUCGGAGUUCGUUUCAUCCCUAGCUGUGAGUGCCUUUUGGUCUGGAAAGUUGGCUUGUCUCAUAAUACCCACAGCUAGGACAUUCUCUCUGUAAUUAUGGAUUGUCCUUGUUUUACAUGAACUAAAGAAGAAUGUCUUUGAUCACUAGAGUUUGUCGUGUUGGAUUGUUUCCACAGUGAGGUUCUUAAAUUUUUUUGCUUCAUAAUAUUAAAGCAGCUCGUUAGAGAUCCUUUCAACAUGAAAGGUUUGUAGUUGAGACAUUACAUAUAUUUUAUUGUUUAUAAUAAAAAUCAUCUAUACAGAAGUCCUGGGUGUUAAUUUCAAUAUUUGCACAAGAUCUGUUUUCCAUGAUAUGUUAACACCUACCAUUUCACUAAUUGUUGAUGUUAUUUUCUAUUGAGAUUCUGGAGCCUCGGAAGCUAUGUGUUCUUUCUGUUUAUUUUCAUUCAUUUUUCCCUGAAGCAAGAGACUUUGUAUGGCCUUCAGUGCAAAGACUUCAGACCAAUUCUUUGUAUUACACUUGGUUGCCUCUUGGCUAUAUAACUUCAGAGUGCAAAUCAUUGAACUCUUUAACAAAGUAUUGUAGAGAAUAAAUCAUAAUGGGUAAAAAU